GUCCGUAGCUAAUCCCCUAUAGAAUGGGCCAACGAUGUGUCCUAAAAGAAGACCCCAAAGAGAGACAAAAGCCACAUAAUGAGAUCUUUGUCUUGAAUUUUGCUUGAGUUUAUUGCACUUUAUUUUUCUUUAUACGGAAUGUGUAUGUUUCCCUGAAUAAUAUCAUUUAUCUUGUGCAAGCAAAUUAGUUAUUGGCUGGCACAAAAAUUACAGAUCUGAAUAUAAGUAAAUGUAGUUAGUGUAUUUUUAGUUUAUGUGUUGAAAUGGGUCAAGAUUCUGGGUCGCUAUCAACCAAGACUUCCAGGGUGUCUUGUGGUUUGUUCUAGGUUCUUGCCUUUAAUCUCUUGAGUCGUUUGUUUGUGUUUCCUCUCGUCUCUGGAAGAUGGUGUUUAGUUCUUGCCAGCUAUAGUCUCCGGGAGUAAUGGUUACUCGCCGGCUUAGGGUAACAAACUUGUUGUUCCUCCAUGUUUUCAAUCAACGACGCUUUAGGGUUAAAAAAUGAUUAUAUGAGUUAUUCAAUUGAUUUCUAUAUCUUUUUACUAAAUCCAAGUUAAAACAAAUAUAAUUAUUUUUAACACAUAAUUAUUGUUAUUAUUUUUAUUAUUAUUACAAUACUAUCAUGUUUGAUCAAAAAAAAAAUAUACAAUACUAUCAUCAUCCAUAAACACUAAUAAGUUUUUGUAGAAAAUGUUAAUAGAUUAAUAGAUUCAAGAGGUUGAAUUGAAAUAUUCUAAAUAAAAAUAAACUGAUAGAUUAUUCUAAAUAUUAAACAACACUAAAUUAACAAGUAGACCAUGUCUCAGUCUAGAGUCUAAACCACAAAAUAUAAAUUUUAAUUAAUAUAUGAACUAAAGAUUCCAUUUGCAUAUGAUACCAGUUAGAUUACGAAUAGAGAUUUGUUUUCUCUUCUUCUUUUGGUUGUCUUUGUAUAUUUUUAUAUAAGCUUUUGCAUAAAGCCAUUGCUGCUUUCUGCUGAUAACUAAUAUUUUCGCAGACCGUGUGAGAACCUUCAGAGUUGCUUCAGAGUUCAAAGAGAGAAUGUGUCUCUGACCUUUACAAUUCUAAAAAAAGUCAUCAAACACCAUUACUUUAAACAAAAAACAAAGUUACUACGAAACAGAUUACCAAAAAAGAAAAAAGUUAUACUACGAAACAGGGAGAGAUAGAUAAUGCCUCGUGACUAAAAAUCUAAAAGAGAGGAACAUGUGGGAUCGUUUAGGGAUCCAAAACACUUUAAAGAGUUUAGACAAUAUCAUGACACGAACACUACAUCACUUGGAUCACAUUCUUUGGUUUGUCCCCACAAGAAGUCAAACACUGAGCUGGCAAGUCUCUGACUGCCGUACCCAUGUCGCCACGUGCCCCGCUUCAAACUCCUUAUAUAAACACAAGUUAAAACUAAUUAAACACAUUCACUCACACACAAGUACACCGUCUUGCAUAUGGAGGACGACCGGAGAACUACCCCAAAGUCCGGCGAAAGAAGCCCGGAUACAUCGCCGGAGAUGUCAUCAUCUGACUUUGAAUUUGGAUCGUUGACUCCUUCUUCCCCUUCCCAUUCUGAACAUUCUCCCGCCGAUCACCUUUUUCUCAACGGCCGUCUAUUACCACACACUUUUCCGAUAACCCGUUCGGCGUCACGUACGACCAGCGAAAACACAUUCCGGAGCGACAGCACGAGCAGCCGGAGUAGUGUUAGCAGCUGCAGCCCGACAUCUUUUACUCCAAGAACAAGCACUUGCAGUGUCUUCAAAGAAGAGACUAACGUGACUUGUUUUGGUUCUCGGUCUGAGAAGACUAGGAGCGUAAGGUCAGGGACUUGCGGCAUGAGAAACAUGCCAUCCUCAAUAUUGGAUUUAAAGAAGCCACCAUCCAACAAUGGUAAAAGAGUCAAUACUACAGCGACGAAUAGGCAUUCAUAUAUCCCCACGCAAUGCAAGAGAAAGAAGGCGACGGAGAUAGUGACGGCGCAGCUUUACGGGUCGUAUACGAGGAGGUGGCAGCAUAUAACUCCGGUGUUUAAGAGAGAAGGGUCGGUGAAAAGUAACGGAGGAGGGAUUAAGGUUGGUGGAAGGAAGAAAAAGACGGUAAGGGGGAAGAAGAAGAAGAAGGCGGAGGAGAGAAGAGGAAGUAAGUUAAUGAAGUGGUGGAAGAGGGUUUUAAAGGCGGUGAUGUUGGCUUGCAGGGAGUGUCAUGCAAUGGAGCCUCAACGAGUUGUUAAUUAUGAUGCUGAUGUGAAAGAGAAGAUAACUAAAUGUUCAUGAACAAUUGCAUUGUGUGUGUUUUGUUUUUACCUAUUUGCUUAAUUUUUUUUUCCCAAUAAGAACAAAUUAAGCGUAAUUUCAAAAAUUAUAUCUACUGGGUGUGACCCGCACAGUUUCAAUGGAA